UCGUUACUUUCUGGCAUCUUCUAUUGUUAAGAGCCCCAGAGAAAUUAUGAAGGCUUUCCUGGUCUGCGCCAUGCUCGCCACCGUCACCGCUGUCAGCUUUGCUCACCACCUCGAGCUCUGCGAAAAGGAUGAUGAGCAGUUGAAGAGCGAACUUCAAUGUAUCCGCAGCAUACUUUCAGCAGCGACAAAACAAAGUUUUAACCACGCCAAGCAGGACCUCGGCUGCCCAGACUGGAGCUGCGUCAUACGGAAUCUGUGCGCAGGAGGCGAUUUGGAAGGUGCCAUGGCUCAAUACUUCACACCAGAACAAAUCACGGAAAUUCACAACGCUGCCACAGCAUGCGAUCCCGACGCGAAGUAGGACGACACCAAAUGAAAACCGACAGCCCAUAUAUUCAAGAAGAGUCCCUGCAUACAAACAUCCAGAUAGACUGAUUUCAGGUCUGUAAUCUGGAGAGUCGUACGUUCUUGAACUGUUUCUUUUUUUUUUUUGCUAUGAGACAAAAUAAAUACAAUUUUGCGUGAAA